UAUGUUGCUGCGUUUGCAUAUGGCGAACUCGUGAGAGAAUGUGAGAAGUUUAUUAUUAAUGUGUUAUUGUUACCAGAAGAGGAGAAUCGUGAAGUUGGACUGUGUUUCAAUUAGCGACUCUUUUUCCUGCUUAAGCUCUGGUCCGUCAGUGAUGGUAUCGUGUGUCUGUUUCGUCAGAUUGUUAAAUAAUCGCCGUCGGAAUUUGCUUCAGAAAUAAUGCUUAUUUUCUCUUGGCAGAAGUUGUAAAUAGAGGAAGGACAGAACCAGUGGCAUAAUUAUAAACAUCACUAUUUGCAACGUGAUUGUAUUGUGAACGUUUUAAUUAUUAAUUUACAUAAGCGAAUAACGACGUGUUAUUGAAAUAUUUUGUGGAAGUAAUUUGUGUACAUCACUAUUUCAUGUUAGUAGGAAGUGGAGUAAAAAAUGGGGGGCACAAGAUUUAUGGUGCAGUGGGAAGAACAUCCAUCACAUCUGGCUACACGCCUUGGACAUCUUCUCGAGCAUCAGACUCUAGUUGACGUUACGCUAAUGUGUAAUACUCAUACACUGCGCGUUCAUCGCGCAGUCCUUGCUGCCUGUAGUCCUUAUUUUGAGACAAUAUUACAGCGACAGCUGGGUAUGCAUCCAUUGAUUGUACUGAAGGAUAUGCAGUUUUCUGUUCUGAAGUCCCUCAUAGAAUUUAUGUAUUGUGGAGAGACAAGUGUCACUGAAGAUAACCUUGGCCCACUUCUUCAGGCAGCAAAAUUUUUCCAGGUGAAGGGGCUGUCUGCAAUGACCAAGGAGGCACUCGGUUUGUCAUCUACAGGGAACAAAGCUGUUACCGGUGAUGCAGCAAGGAAAGCUUUUGUUGGGAGAUCAAAACGUGUCCCAAUACAACAAAAUUUUGUAACAAAGAGUCUUCCGUCAUCAAGUGCAAGCUCGUCACAAUUGACAGUUGAUGCCAAACAAAUCAUUCAACCUUCAGGCAAUAAGUCAGUUAUUAUGCAACAGCCAGAUAAUCAGCAGCAGACAGACACUGCUCAGCUUCUGUUAUCAUUGUCUGGUAGUGAAUUUACUAAGCAGACUCAGUCCCUUCAAACCGUGAGCAAAACAAUAAGAUUUCAGAAUUCAGUUGGAACAAGUUCAAUAAAAAGUGAACCUGUGAAGACUGAGCCAAAUAUCAAACCAAGGACAAUAAAGUCUGAAGCUGUUGAGCAGCCUACUGCUGUGGUGCCUGUAAGUAAUAGAACAUUAUCAGCACAAGUACCACAUCAGGUCACAGACACUGUAAGUGUAAAAGAUACAGCUGGAGCCCAAGCUCAAACUACAUUUCUUGCUGAGACCAUACCUGCUAGAAAGCGUGGAAGGCCAGUAAAAAGGCAAAUGAAUAUUGUAUUCCAGGAGAAGGUACUUACAGAUGCAGAUAUGGCUCUUCAUAAGGAAGCAGAAGCAAGUAGGAAAGCCUUGGAAGUUCUUCGCCAAGAAAUGGCUGUAGAUCCACUGGAGAAAGCAUCAGGGGUAAUUUCCCAACAGCCAGAUCCACUUCGGAAAAUAACUUCACAUACUGGAACAGCAACAACAAUGAAAAUGCAAAUGCCUGUAACUCCUGUUGGUGUUACAUCAUCUCGUGCACCUUCCCGCAUUCAGACAUCAUCUGUAAAAAAACCUGUUUCACACACAACUUACAUAACAAAAUCAAUACAGAAACCAGCAGCAGAUCCUCCUAGAAAGGUUCUGGUUCAGGAAGAACAACCAAAUGAUGCACCAAAAAGGGUAGUUAAUUCACCAGAACAACCACCAGUUCAAGUUGUUGCACCUAAUACUGUUUCACCUGCUACAGAACAAGUUCCUAGCGACUGUUCAAAUGCCAAUACUAAUGUUAUCUAUCAAGUUGCUAAUACUGUAGUGUCAAACCAAGAAAUGUUCCAGAUUGUUGAUAACACCAACUCUCAAGAUAAAUCACAAAAUAUUGUGUAUCAAGUGGCUGAUGGAGUGACGGGAUCUGAAGCUGACAAUGAUAAUACAGGUUCAAAUAUUAUAUACCAAAUGGCAGAUUCUGGUAAUUCCACUUCUGUUAUGGGUCAGUAUAUGGAAGUCUUGAAGGAAGCUGGAAUUCCAACUGAUGUCCCAAUUCUGUUAGAUAGUGGAGAUGGAUCUUAUGUUACAGUAAAUGAAGAAAUGUUAAUGAAUAUUGUUAAUGGAGGUGUUUUUCAGUGCCAUGUUGCAGAAGGUAACAUAGUGACAGGAGACAGAUUAGAAUUUAUUGUCCAGGAGGUGGAUGGUGAAGGGCAGCAAACGGCUGAGCAACCAGUACAAAAUACUGCAGAACAGACAGCAACAGAGACAACAGAAACAUCAUCAUUAGGAGUUGUGUCUCAAGUAUCUGAAGCAACACACGCAUCUGUUGGCCGUGACAUGCCUACAAUUGAAGAAGAUCAGUCUGAAAAUAUUUUGAUAGAAAAUUUAUCUUCAGAUAGCAAUGUAGGUGGAAUUGAGACAUUUGAUAGUAAAACAACAGUGCAAGAAGAUACUGCAUCUGCAGCUAAUCAUGAAGUUGCUGAGCAGAAAACUGUAACAGUAGACAGUGUUGCUCUUACUGAAAAUUCUGUACAGCCUAAUAGCAAUAGUGCACUAGAUGAAGCAGGUGGUUCAGAGACAGUUUCUUUUGAAAAUGAAGUUGUGGAUGCAACACAAACUUGUGGAUCCACAGAAAAUGAAACAGUUUUUAAAAGCAGUCAGUCUAUUAUUCAGACAGAAAACUUGUCAUUUGAGACUGGAGAAGUACUACAUGCAGAAAAUUCAGGUCCUGAAUCCCUAGAUUUUAAUGUGCAACAAGACUCCACUGAAAUAAAAUCUGAAUCUUUGUCAGCCCAAAAUUAUGAAGCCGGACAAUUAGUGGAACCUCUGUUAAAAAAUGUAGCAAUUUUUUCAGAAGAGAAAACUGUCAAGACACAGAAUGAUGAGACCACAGAUCAUAGUGAAGUCACAACAAAUGAAAGCGAUUGUGUGCAAGAGAAUGAAGUUACUUUUACUUACACAGAUGCAGCUGGUUUGCCUUCACUAGAUGACUACCCUGAAAGCCAGGAAUCUACUGUAGUUAGCUUCAAAGAAAAGGAAAUUACAAAUAAAAAUGAAAAUUCAAAUCAAAGUGUUGUUCCUACACAUUCAAAUGUCAGUGUUAGUGAUACCUUAGUGAGUUCAGUACAGGUUGAAAAUAUUGUUUAUAGAGAAGUUAGUGACGAAGUUAUAACUGGUGAUCCUUAUGGAGAAGAUCCAUCAGAUGGUUGUUUAGUACAAACUUCUACUAAUAUUAAAACUGAUGAAACACCAGAAGAAUUUCAGAACCAUAAUGAUAUCAAGGACUGCCAAAGAUUUCAAAAUGUUACUGACAUGGAAGCAAGUGAACAGGUAACUGGUCAAGAUCAACUUCACUCAUCAGAAAAUAGUGGAAUGUCUGUUGAACAAGCACUAGAAGCCAUGAUGGGUGAUGAAAAUUCUGAUAUACAACAGGACACAGGUGAUAGUGAAGUUGCUCAUAGGACUUCAGAAACAACAGACGUAAGUGGUGAUACUGAAGUGUGUAAUGAAAAGUCAAAUAGAGAAGAACUGUGUUUAAUGCUCAGUAGAGAUGAAGAUGCACCAAAACUGGAUGAUCAGAAAUGUGCAGCAGAAACAAGAAAAGUGACGGGUUCUUUUACUCUUGUUGUAAACUCAGAACAACAGAAAGAUGAUCCAGACAAUACUGCUGAUACAUUUAUAUCAGCCCCAUCUACAGAAGUAACUGAAAAUGAGGGUCUUAACUGUACACUUAGUGAAAGUGAGAAUGUUAACCAAGAAGAGUGUGAUCUAACUGUUGAGGACACAGUGGCAAACACCAGUCAGUGUUUUGGUCAGGAAAGAAGUGUUAUUGUACAGAAUGAUAACCAAAAUGAUAUGAAAGAUGAUGAAACUGAGAUUGUAAGUACUGUGGAGAGUAUUUGUGAUAAUGGUAAAGAGGUGGUAGUGCAUGAUGUAUAUGCCCAAGAAGCAGUUGAGACAAGUGAAGUUCAAAAGAUCACUGUUUCAGAUAUCACCGAAUUACCUGAAAAUUAUAUAUUACUUACAGAUGCCAAGACUGAGGGUCAAGUCAUAUCACCCAAUAAAGACAUUCCUUACGCUGUAGGACUUCUACCUUUAAAGACUGCUUUGGAAAAGUUCCAGUCAAUGCCAGACCACCAGCCCCGAAAAACACGAUCUUCAUCGACAAGCAAGGAAGGCUCAGCUGAUCCUCCUGCAGCUAGAGUAAAAAGGAAAGCUUCGUCAACUGAAGGUGGCCCUGACAGAAAAAUAAGGGCAGUGAGCACUAGUGCUGAAGAAACGUAUGAAGAAGUGAUAAGUUCAAGUGGACUACAAGUGCAAGAUAACCCAAGUAGUUGGCCUUCGGUUGAUUUAAAUGUUGAGGAACAUAGAGAAGGUCUUCAUGCAAUGUCAGAAAUGGUCACUGAACCUACAGAGGUAUGAUCAUAGAUAAUUUCAGUGGCUUAGUCAGGUAAAACUUCAUUUGUUUGUUGGUUUAAUUAUUCUCUGUAAGUUCAUUAAUUCUUACUUUAGAGGUAUAUAUCAGACGCACAUUAUCCGUGAAAGCUGCUGAAAAGGCAUUGGGCAUUCGAAAUACUGUUAGUCAUUUAAACAUUUCACAGUGUGUGUGUGUGUGUGUGUGUGUGUGUGUGUGUGUGUGUGCGUGCGUGCGUGCGUGCGUGCGUGCACGUGCGCGCGCGCACACGAAAGCACGCACACACCCUUGCAUGCACAGGUGUGUGCGCAGGUAGGUGUGUGUGUGUGUGUGUGUGUGUGUGUGUGUGUGUGUGUGUUGUGUGCUUGCACGCUCAUAGUUUUUGUAACAAUGCUGUCAUUGUGAAUUCAAAUCCCAACUAUAAUUCAUACAUUUCAAUUAUUUUUGUAUAAUGAACUGCCGCAGUUUUGUGGGUAUGACAUGUAAAUAAACUUUUAUUACCUAUGUUAUGAUAAACAUAGGAAAAUGCCUCUCUCUUCAUAAGACAUGUAAGUAGAAUGUCAUUAGAAUGUAAGCUAGAAGUUUGACAGGGGAGUAUGUAAGUUGCAAAAUAUGUUCAUAAAUUUUUUUCGAUGCCUCUAGUAGUUGUCUGAAAUAGCUGUGCUGAGAUAGCUACUAAUUAUAAGAUUGUAUAGUGUAAAAAUUGCAUUUAAAGUGCAGUACGAUGGUUUUUAAAGCUAGCAUGUAUGAUGUUUUAUACAAAGACUUUCAUAAAUAGUAUAAGUCCCCAAUGAAGUAAAUGUAUUUGUUGAAUUCAGAGAAAUUCAUUGUAUAUUUUCAAAGAAGACUGUACCAUAACAUUUUGUCAUAAUAAUAGUAAGUGUAGGGCUAUACAGUACAACAGUACAAGUGUUUUCUCUCCUUUGGAGUCAUAAAUGGUGUAGAUCUGCUACAGGUUCUCCAUAAGGUAAAGGGUGCCUAAUUUUGUUUUAUUAUACUUCCCAGUGGCACAAAUACAAAUUUAUGUAAAUUGUGAGAUAAUAUUGUCAUGGGAAUAUUACUCAUUGUGAUUAUUUGUCUCUGUGAAAAGUGUGUCUCUCCUUCCUGCUAAUGAUUUUCUGUUUAUUAUACAUGAAAUUAAAUUUCUUAAUUUCACAUUUGGAAGUAGUACCAUUCAGAAAGUAGCUUUAUUUUAACACUAUAUUUUCAUAAUGUAAUGAGCUGAAGACAGGACCUGGUGUGAUUUUGUUACUUUGUGUGUUGCUGAGUGAAGUACUUUGAUGCGUGUAGUAGAUAUUGCAUAUCUUGAUCUUAAGAAAAGUAAAUUCUGUGAAAUGCAGUAACCUCAGUGAAAUCUGUUUCCUAUGUCUCACCAGAAGAGGCAUUUACUGUCAGGACACAGAUGUAUUUUUAUUUACAAAUAAGUCCUAUAUCUGUAUAUAUAAAACAAAACUCAAUAUAAUGACUUUAUAUGUAUUCAGUUGAUAAGCACCAUAAGAUUGAUCUGUGUGUACAGGUGUUUUGUUUUAUUUUAUUUGCUUACUAUGCUUGUUCAGAUUAAUUAUUUGAGCAGGGGAUGUAUUUUUUUUUAUUCUGGUAGCUUCUACAUUAUAUCAAAAACUGCGUAUUUGAUUUUAAAUUAAUACAGAAGGUGAAUAAAAACUUAAGUGCCUAUUAUGCAAAGGAAGCACCCAGUUCCCAGAUGACAAACCAUGCUUAUCAACAAUUCUCACUCAUUACGUAAUUCGAUUUUCAUCAUGUUGUUGAGCUGAAAAGACAGGUGACAGUCAUUUUGUCUUGAAAACUUACGUCUCUUGCAGAUCUCAUAAAAAUCUCAAUGUCUUCUUCUAUAUCUGUUGGAUGAUUAAUUCCGUAAUAGGAAAUUUAGUUAGAAAGCUGUCUGUAAUCCAAUUGUUAUUCUUCAUUUUUACACAGAAUAAAAUUUUUGUGUAAACCCUAAACUAGCAGUUCAUAAGGAUGGGGACCAUUGUAAUCAUUUCAUUCUGUUAGUGUGUUUGAGUGUAUGGCUUUAUUCCUCCUCAGUGCUCUUGUGCUUGUACUUGUACUUGUACUUGUGUUACAACAGUUUCAUUGAUACAUAUAAAACCAUGAUAUUUUUGUAUGAAAAAUUAGCUUAUUUCUUACCAUAAAACUUUUUUCCUUUUUUGUAGUGUUUAUAGAAAAAAUAUAUAUAUAUAUACUUUACUAAGGUGCUUAUGUUCCAUCAACAAGUCAGCCAAAUAGCAUAUUGUCAUCAUGCAUCAAUUACAGAUGCACACAGAUUCAUUUUGUGGAAUUCGUGGGUUUGAAUGAGUGCAUUUGAUUGAAUCCUAGUUUUGUGUUGUAUUUUACAGUUUUGUUAUUGUAUUAGAAGUCCAUCAGUUUUAUAAAAAUUUUAAUGUUUCAGGGCUCAGAAUUGCAGCAUAGCUUUGCACUAUUUUCAAGGGAGUGUUCAGAGUAGUAAUGUUUCCCUCAAACGUUUCACUUGAAAAAUAUUAUUUUUAAAUGUUAAUUAAUAUGGUUAUUUAACUUAACAGUAAUGCCCAUACAUGUUCCCUGCACAGUGUGUAGUUUAGAUCUCAUAACAUCUCAUCCAUAAGUAAUUAUUAAGAUGAAUUCUGUAUUUGUGUAUAAAAGUUAUUUGACUUUAUAAAUUGGUGUAAUUAGUUUUGAGUAUUCAAUCCAUAGUUGUUUGUUGUGUUUAUGGCAAAUUAUAUCUAACUUCUUGUUAUGUUUUGCAUUGUUUACAAGUCUUAUGGAAGUACAGUGAACAUUUCGUUGUUACACUGUUGUUCCAUUUUUCAGCCUAGUCAGUCAGAGGUGUAUUAAAAUUAAUAACAGUGCACAUGGAACCAUGAUUCUUCUGUUAGAGCAUAUUAAAUAAAUACUUUCAGAGCUGAAAUUGUUAGAUUUUAUUUUAUUAUUGGAGUUAAAAGUACUAAAUUUCAUGCAUUAUUUUUAUAAACUUGAAUGCUGAAAUGUUACUGCAUAGCAGAAUGAUUUAAUGUUUGGAACGUAUUACAAUUCUUUAAUUUCCAUUGUAACAUAUGAACACAAAAUAUAAUAUUUGUACAUCACACAUAUGUCAAGUAGGAUCAUGUGGAAUACAAAUGUGAGACUGCAGUUCUAAAAGCAAAGUUGUCCUAGCUAUCCCAUGAGUGUACUUGUAGGGAAGACACAAAAACAAUUACAGGUUUGUGUUGAUCAUCAA